AUGAGGUUCAUCCCGACUUACAUAGUGAGUCAACAAGCAGAAGCCCGCAAGGCGCAUCGACCACGAGAAGGUCGUCACAAGCGUCCAGCGCCAGAGAACCCUCGGCAAUACAAAUAUGUGAAAAUACUGAGAGUGAUCCUCCACACUAUUGGAGGGUGGCCAGGAGAAGCUUUAGGAGAACAUGUACCGUUCAUUAUCAAGUUUAUCAGGAAAUAUUGCUGCGCCCAGGCGGUUGCAUUAUUCGUCGGACAAAUGUAUUAUCUAUAUGAAAAGAAUGAAGUUCUUGACUUCCUUACUAAAGGGCAUUGCUACAUAACUUGUGCGUUGUGCGUAACGACAAUUAUUCGCACUUCUAUACUGUCUUUCAAAAAGUAUGGAGAAAUCGUAAAAACAUUUAUUAUGACUUUUAAUUUAGGUCAUCACCAACACAAGGGAGAGUAUUAUAAACAGAUGCAUAUGACUAUCUACAAGAUAUCUCACUACUUUACUCUGUACUCGGUGAUCAUGAUGUUGUUCGGGAUGUGGCUGUUCAACUUAACAUCCGUCUAUGAAAAUAUAAGAAACGGCGCGUUUUCAAGGAACAGGGGUCCAGACACCAAGUUGGAACUCACAAUUUACUUCAGCUAUCCUGGAUUUGACCCACUGGCCAGAUUCAAUUUUGUUACCAUUUUAAACCUAUACCUGGCCUACAACUGUGGCAUCGCCAUAUGUGUCCUCGACUUGUUUCUGUCCUUAAUGGCUUUCCAAAUAAUAGGUCACAUUUUGAUUUUGCGAAAUAAUUUUAAAAUAUUACCAAAACCAGCUCAAAUAAUGUUUGACGCCGAAGAAAACGAAAAUGUCCACAAAAAAAUUGUGGAAUGUGUACAGUACCACAGAGAAAUUGUCAGUUUUGCUGAAGAACUCUCUUCGUUCUUUGGGCCAGUCCUCGGUUUCAACUACGCGUUUCAACUAGUCAGUCUUUGCCUUUUACUUUUGGAAUCUUCACAUGGUCAUCAAGCCUUGGUUCGUUUUGGGCCGAUGACUUUCAUCAUAUUUGGACAACUAAUUACGCUGUCAGUCACGUUUGAAGUAAUUGGCACAGUGAGUGAAAAAUUGAAAGAUUCUGUGUAUGACAUAGAAUGGGAAUGCAUGGACACAAGGAAUAGGCGCAUCGUGUGCAUCCUGCUGCACAGAGUACAGACACCCCUUCACGUCACCGCUAUGGGACUCACUCCCGUGGGGGUCACCACCAUGGCAGCGAUAUUGAGGACUACAUUUUCGUAUUUCGCAUUUCUUCGAUCUAUGAGCGAGUAA